AUGUUCGGGGAAGUGGUUGCUGUUGGGAAACCAUCACUCCAUUCGCAAGUCACGAAAGGUUCUGAACUCUACAAAUUAAAAAAGAUUUUUUUUUUGAAAAUUAAAAAAGAUUUUUCAGCCGUCAAUGUGACGACCGAGGUGAUCGGAAUGUGUGCCAAGCCGAGCAUCACGGAAGAUAUGUAUACGUCAGCAACCAUCUUCGCCCUGUCUCUGACGAUCGUUGCCGCGCUUGUGGUCAUCUUCGUUUUUCCUUGGAAGUCCGUCAAAGACCCGUGGCUUCUGAGACAGAUCACUUCCCACGUGAUCAUGUGAGUUCCUUUCAAAAGUUGUCAAGAAUUUCUGAAUAAUAUCAAAGAGUUACUAUAUCUUCAUGAGCGUAUUGAGUGCGACUUAUUCAGCUCUGUUGUUUUUGCUAAUUCGAAAAAAAUGAAUUUGAAAAAUUGCAGGAUCUUCAACUUUAACGUCUACAUGUGCAUGGCCUUCCGACCCGUAUUCUACUUCCCUUCCCAUGCUUUCCGAUCCUUGGGCAUCUUCAAACACUUCAAUAUACUCGAAAAACUUGCGUGUCUUCCUGCAGUGGGCUUUCUCGCUUUGCCCAGUAAGUUAAACUGCUUUUUUCGAGAGAGAAAAAAACAAGAAGAAUGAUAAUUUUUGCAGUUAUCAACGAAGUCAUGAUCACGACCUUCGAAGAAAAAUUCCGGGUGGUGACGUUCAGCAGAAGCAACGGGAACCUGAAAAAGAACUACUUGCGAUGCUACGUGAUGAUCGCUUACAUAAUUGCGACGGUUGUGCAACUCCUAUUUUACGGCGAAUUCUCGACACCUGAGCGAAUGAAGCAGGUUGGUAUUGAAGUGAGUUUGAAGAAAUUGGUUCGAAGUGAUUACGCGAAAUUUCAAGGAAAUCGGCUGUAAUAUGACGGGACAGAUCCCGAAGGACGUCAUCUUCCUCAACAACCAGCGGGGCUUCUACUUUUGGUUCAGCGUGUUCUACAUUUCCUAUCAAAACUUCGUGCCGUUGUGGCUCCUCUACCGUGCUAGCCGAAUCGUCCAAAACUUGGGUACGGAACACCGCUUCAUUCUCAGAAGAAACAUUGGUCACCUGGUUAUCUUCAACAUUCAGGUCGGUUUUCCUUUGGUCCGGAAAGGGAAAAACGAUUUUUUAAGAUCCUCCUGCAUACCAUUUUCUGGGCUGCGCCAAUCACGAUCAUGACCUUCAUUCUUCUUGUCGGCCCCUACUCUCCAGGUGAUAGCCCGAUUUUUCCAAAUACAGAAGACUUCUUCCAGACACCAUGUACGUUGCCACGACCCUGAUCAUGCUCCAUGGGCCUGUUUCUAUCCUUUAUCUUGCCGUUGGCAUCGUCUACCCCAAAGCGCGGUACUACUUUAUUAUCAGAGGUACAGUUUCAUUUCUGACUUGAUUCAAUCUUUUAAACUUCGAAUUCAAGACAACUUGCUCAACGUGCGAGGUGAGGAGCUGACCGAAGAAGAUCUCCAAGAGUACCUGGACGAGUACCUUGCGAUGGGCCGGCUGCCCGAAACUCUGCCGCCUUCAUACGAAGAGGCCAUCGUCGCCACGGCCAAUGAUCCUGCUCCUUAA